AUAAUUAAUACGAUUUUUUUUUUUUACUUUGCUGAAUAAGUAAUACGAGUGAUGUUCUAAAAUGGAAUCAAAUUUGGGAAUUUCGUUGGCAACAUAUUCCUUUAAUAAACGUUCUUUAGAAUUCGUUGACAAAUACAAAGCACCAGACAAAAAGUUGACCUUUCCCCUCAAAUAGCCACAAAAAAACACCCUUGUGGAGGAAACAAAGAAACUUUCGUGUGGUAAAAGAAACUCAAGUUGCAAGAAGCAACAGAACUGUUCCUAAUUUAACAGAAAAUUAUAGAUUCAUGGAGAAAGAGAAAGAUCGGAGAAUGGUUUGGAGUAGUGAGAAGUUGAGAUGGAUGUUGCAGUUUGGAUUCUGUGUUAUGAGUUUGGGACGAUGUGCUUCAGUUUCAGGAUCAUUCUCCUUUGAAAUUCACCAUAGAUUCUCGGAGCAAGUCAAGACCGUUCUUGGUGGCCAUGGCUUGCCUGAAAUGGGCACCCUCGAAUACUACAACGCCUUGGUUCACCGUGAUCGAGGUCGCCGGUUAACCUCCAACAACAAUCAGACGACUGUUUCUUUCGCUCAAGGCGACUCCACUCAAGAAAUCAGUUUUUUGCAUUAUGCGAACGUAACAGUAGGGACACCGGCUCAAUGGUUCUUGGUGGCUUUAGACACGGGAAGUCAUUUGUUUUGGUUACCUUGCAAUUGCAAUUCUAGUUGCGUACGGAGCAUGGAGACCGACCAAGGCGAGAGAAUAAAGCUCAACGUCUACAACCCAAGAAUAUCAACAUCAAGCUCAAAGGUUCUGUGCAAUAGCACACUCUGUUCAUCAAGAAACAGAUGUGUUUCUCCGCUCAGUGACUGUCCUUAUAGAAUCAGAUAUCUCUCGCCCGGAAGCAGAAGCACAGGUGUGUUAGUGGAGGAUGUGAUCCACAUGAGCACAGAAGAAGGAGAAGCCAAAGACGCUCGGAUCACUUUCGGAUGUAGUGAGUCUCAACUAGGGCUAUUUCAAAAAGCGGCUGUAAAUGGUAUAAUGGGGCUUGGAAUAGCCGACAUAGCGGUUCCAAACAUGUUGGCUAAAACCGGCGUGGCCUCAAACUCUUUCUCAAUGUGUUUUGGUCCGAAUGGGACAGGAACAAUCAGUUUCGGAGACAAGGGAAGCUCAGACCAGCUUGAGACUCCACUGACUCUCAUACCUGAUCUACCGUUUUACGAUGUGAGCAUCACCAAAUUCAAGGUAGGAAGUGUGACGGUGGAUAUAGAGUUCAGUGCCGUAUUUGACUCUGGGACCGCGGUCACAUGGCUGCUCGAGCCUUACUACACUUCUCUAACCACAAACUUCCAUCUUCACAUAACAGACAAACGACUUCCGGCAAGUGUGAAGAGUCCCUUUGAGUUCUGCUACAUUAUUACAUCAGCAUCAGAUGAAGACAAGCUUCCUUCAAUCAGCUUUGAGAUGGAAGGAGGAGCCGUGUUUAAUGUUAUCAGCCCCAUACUUGUCUUCGACACCACUAACGGUGGACAAGUCUAUUGCUUGGCUGUCUUAAAAGAAGAUACUGCCGACCUCAACAUCAUCGGACAAAACUUCAUGACCAACUACAGAAUCAUCCACGAUCGUGAGAGAAUGAUCUUAGGAUGGAAAGAAUCUGAUUGUAACGAUAAGAAUGGUGUCAGGGGACCCACCGCAUCAGCGAAACCGCCAUCGCUGUCGCCAACGCCGUCUCCAAGAACCGGAAACCCUUCCACCCGUUUGAACCCUCUUGCUGCUUCGUCACUUAUCAUCUUUUGGUUCCUUUCUUUUGUUUGUUUGUGAAUACUGUAGAGUGUGAAUAUCAGUUGUGCAACCGCUAAUCUUAUUUUCGUUUCUACCAUCCGAGUUUCACAUAUUUAUUCAAUCCACCUCACUAUUCUUUAAUUCUCAUCUUCCGGUCCCAUGUUCUGAUUUCAUCCAACUGGGACAUUUUGUAAAUAAUAUAUCUUAAUUUCG